UUCAUUCCUAUACGCCCCAAAAUGCCCCAUCAAUCUAUUAGGAAGGGACCUAAUGGGUUCCCUACAAAUCACUCUUGCCUGCAACUUGGGAGGCAUCACCCUGUACCACCCCGCCAAACCCGCACCAGAAGAAGCACACAUGUUCAUGUUAAUAGACGACCCGAAGCCAGAAGCUCACGAAGAUACCACCAUCUACUGGCAGGAACUGACGGGAACAGCACAGAUAACUCCAGGACUGGAAAGCACAUAUCGAGAGUGGGAAAUGUGGAUCCAAGAAAUCGGAGAAUACAAUGAACUGUUGGACCCAUUACACUGCACGCUCAACAUCACACACGAGCAGGACCUGACCUACGAUGAACCAUGGUACAGCCAGAAAGAUGGACAACUGGAGGACCUAAGAUGUGGAGAUAUAUACCUGGGACCCGAAGGAGUGGCGGCAGGAGUCGACCUCACAGAAGAACAACUAUCCUGGUUCCAGCUGGAGCCAGAGAGUGUCCCUCAUGUCUCCCUCUUGGUCAGCGCAGACCACCAACCCAAACAACUCGGACCGAUGGUAAAAAGAGCACAAGAGGUCCGUGAAUGGCAACCCACAGACAACCAAUAUCUACACAGAAGCCCAAAUGCAGAAUUCUGGAGAAUAUCCUCACGUACCACGAACAAGGCAAUCGGCCGAAGAGUGGACGGACAUCGAAUGGUGAUCGACAACACCACCAAGAGCGACGAGCCAGAAGACCCAGAAGUAACCACCAUGCUUACACGCAUUAAGGAGACGGUGUGGGCAAAUGGACCGUAUGAUGUGGGGCACACCCCACAACACAACAUUGUGGUGAACGUGAAGAAUCCUCAUCGCCCGGAAUGGCGACAUCAAUACAGGAUAAAGCCAGAGGCGGAGGAGGGAAUAAACGACACCAUAACGGGCCUGCUGGAAGCAGGUGUGCUGGAGAAGACCACCUCAGAAUGGAACACACCGAUCCUGCCAGUGAGAAAAGCCGAUGGGCUAACCUGGAGGAUGGUGCAUGACCUGAGGGCCAUCAACAUUCGGACCAUAGCCCCCCCGGAGAAGGUCCCUAACCCAUACGUGGCCCUAAAUCCAAUAAGCUCUGAACAUCAAUGGUUCACGGUGGUGGAUCUCGCCAAUGCAUUCUUCUGCAUCCCUUUGGCCACUGAGUCAAGACAAUUCUUCGCUUUCACAUAUAGAAACCAACAAUACACGUACAGAAGGAUGCCACAAGGUUUCCGAAGCACCCCCACCAUCUUCAACACCUGCCUCAAGGAGGACCUUGCAGGCCUGGAUCUUCCUUCAGGCACGGUCCUGAUACAAUACGUGGACGACCUCCUCGUGGCAGCUGAAACAAAAGAAGCUUGCCUACAGGCAACUGAAAACUUGCUGCAAAGAAUAGCACAAAAAGGAUACAAACUCAAGAAAACAAAACUACAACUGGUGAAACAAGAGAUUACUUUCUUGGGGAAAGUAAUAGGAGGGAAUAGAAGAGAGAUCGGCAAAAGUCACAGAAGCGCGAUCAAAACCUACCCAAAGCCAAUCACAGUCCGACAAAUGCUAGCAUUCCUUGGACUGACAGGAUAUAGCCGGACCUACAUCCCUGAUUACACCGGCGAAACAACUAUACUGCGACAACUCAUCACCAAAGCAGGACACAGAAAUCUAAAAGCCCCCUUGGAAUGGACCCCUGAAGCAGAAGAAGCAUUCAACAGGCUAAAACAAAGCAUGUAUAGUGCCGCGGCCCUGGCCGCCCCGGACUACAAAGAACCCUUUCACCUGGAUGUGUCAGUAAAAGACUGUGUGGUCAACGGAAUCUUAUGGCAGAAACAACGAGGACAACGGAAUGUCCUAGCCUACCACAGCUCUGCCCUGGAACCACCAGAAAAAGGACUCCCCGAGUGUGGAAAAGCUAUAUGCGCCAUCGCCAAAAGCCUGGACAAGACGGCCUACAUAGUAAUGACACACCCAGUUGUGGUCCACACUAUCCACGGGGUAAAAGCAUACCUGGAUAGUUCAGACUACACAAUCACCACGGCAACCAGAAACGCAAAACUCCAGAGAAUAUUGGGGAAUCCAAUGGUCACCUUCACCACCCAAGGAGCCAACAUGACGGACACCAUGCCCGGACCCAACGAUGGAGAACCUCACACAUGCUCAGAAGAAAUAAAGAAGGCAGUGAAGAUUCGACCAGGACUGAGAGCGGAACCCCUACAGCAAGUGGACAUGACCUUGUACACCGAUGGAUGCUGCUACAGAGCCGCCAAUGGAGAAAACCUGGCCUCAUGGGCUGUAGUGGAACAGACCAAACAAGGAAUAUGCAGCACUCUUGCUAGUGGCAUAUUAGAACAGCCCGCUUCAGCACAAAGAGCCGAACUAUAUGCUAUGUGUGAAGCUCUACGGAUAGCCAAGGGGCGAACGCUAAAUCUCUACACCGAUUCCAAUUACGCAUACGAACUAGCCCACCUAAACGGACAACAAAUGAUCAACAGACAGAUGAUCACCAGUGCAAAUACCAAAGCAAAACACACAGACCUAAUCCUGCUGUUAGCCAAAACAGCCCAACUACCUCGAGAAGUAGCCAUCAUGCACUGCCGAGGACAUCAGAAAACAAACACAAUGGAGGCAAGAGGAAACCACGCAGCGGAUGAAGCAGCUAAGAAAGCAGGCGGAUACGUCCCAGUAGAACAUCUAAAAGAAGGAGGAUACACCCCGGUGGUACACCAGAUGAUGGUCAACGAAGAAACAGCCCUGGACCCAGAUGAACAGAUGGUCAAAGAAAUGCAAGGAGGAGCAGGACCUUAUGAGAAAUCGGCGUGGAGAGGAAAAGGGGCCAGACAGAGCCCGGAUGGAAUAUACUACUCCACCACUGGAAAGCCGGUUGUCUCCUCCAAGGCCCUGCUGUUCCUCCUAAGGAAGGAACAUGGAUUGGCACACGAAGGAAAGACCAAGACCCGGGAAAGGAUUGAAAGAUACUGGUGGCAUCCAGCUCUCAAAGCUGUGUGCGACCAGUAUGUCCAGGACUGUCAAACAUGCCAAGCCUGUAACCAAAGGCGGGGAUUCAAACUAACCAAAGGACAAUUCCCCGUGCCCCAGCUCCCAUUUCAAGAAAUUUACAUUGAUUUCACAGAUAUGGGACAAGAGAACAAAGUUGACGGAAAACGGUUUAUGUUAGUAGCCGUCGACAGGUUCACUAGAUGGGUAGAAGCAAUUCCGGUUAAAAAAGAGGACGGGAAAACAGUCAUCAAAUGGUUAACACAGGAACUCAUUCCCCGCUGGGGAUACCCAAAGCUUAUCUGCUCAGAUAAUGGUACCCACUUCGCCAACGCCCACCUUCAAGAGGUGGAAACAUACAUAGGACUCAAACAUAGAUUCGGCUCAGUAUAUCACCCCCAAUCGCAAGGCCUGGUGGAACGAGCAAACCAGACAAUCAAAAAUCAAUUAACAAAAAUACUCAGAAGCAACAGACUGGAGAAAUCUAGGGAGGAGGCAGAAACUCGAACCUUAGGACGCAUGCAGGUGAAUCAGCUGACAGGGAAAGUUAAAGAAAAGACAGCAGGGAAGAAGAUGACCUGGAUAACAGCUCUGCCAUUGGCAUUAAUGGCCAUAAGAUCUUCUCCUUCUAACACCACCCUUCUCAGCCCCCAUGAAUUAGUCACAGGACGUCCCAUGCAAGGACCAUACAGCCCACCAUCCAAAGGACCCCCAUCAGACAGGUUUGAUGAAGUAAUGCAGGAAUACCUGCAAGCACUAACUCAAGCUUCUUUAAAGUUGUAUUCCCAGAUCACAGACCAGAAGCCGUCCGAUCCAGAGGAUCCUUCACCAACGUCGGUGACACCUGGCGAGUGGAUCUGGGUGAAAAAACACCAUCGAAAGACCCUAGAAGACCGGUGGGAGGGGCCAUACAAGGUACUCUUGGCCACACCCUUUUCUGUUUCUGUAGAGGACCGACGCGGGGCCCAGUGGCACCACCUGAGCCGGUGCCGCAAAGCAGAUACUCCUGGCAGAUCGUGGACUGAGACCCUGACCGACCUAGCUGCACUCCAAGCCAAGGACACACACUCCUCAUCCCAAGACGAUGGGCCACAGCGUGCCCUUGGGAAAGUACCUGGUAGGAUUCCUUCUGGCAGUCCUGUUCCAAGAAGGAGCGGGAGACAACAUCGCCAGCACCAGAUGGGUCCGUGGCCAGAGCAUUGGCUGGACUGCAAUCCCUCAAGUUGGAGUUGGCCGAGAACUCCGGUAUUGGUGACCCAAUAGCUGGAUGGAUGGAGAACCUGUUUGGCCACCUGUUGCUGA